AUGAAGAAAUCUCAAAAAUGCGACUUUUCAGAAAAACGAGUCUUAUACGUAGACAUUGAUGUUCAUCACGGAGACGGUGUUGAAGAAGCUUUCUAUACCACAGAUCGAGUAAUGACCUGCAGUUUUCAUAAGUAUGGUGAAUUUUUCCCUGGUACAGGUGAAUUAAGAGAUAUUGGUAGUGGUAAAGGAAAACGUUAUGCUGUUAAUUUUCCUUUAAGAGAUGGAAUUACUGAUGAAGCUUAUAAAAAUAUCUUCGAACCUGUGAUUAUGAAGAUCAUGGAAACUUAUCAACCUUCAGCCAUCGUUUUACAAUGUGGAGGAGACUCCCUGGCAGGCGAUCGGUUAGGAAGUUUUAAUGUCUCUCUAAAAGGACAUGCAAACUGUGUUCAGUUCAUCAAAUCAUUAGGGCUUCCGUUACUUUUACUCGGUGGUGGUGGAUAUACUAUCCGAAAUGUGUCAAGGACUUGGGCCUUUGAGACUGGAUUGGCUGCUGGUCAAGAACUGUGUCGAGAAAUUCCCAUGAAUGAAUAUUAUGAAUAUUUCGGUCCGACUUAUCAUCUAGAUGUUCCUGCCUCAAAUAUGGAAGAUAUGAAUGUUAAUAGAUAUCUUGAAAAAGUCAAGGUUCAAAUUUUUGAGAAUUUAAGACAUACUAUACCUGUACCAUCACUUGAAAUGCAACCAAUGCCUCGAUUACCUCAUGAUGAUAUGGAAGUUGAUGAGGACUUAGAUGAUCCCAAUGAAAGGAAACCACAGCGGUUAUUGGAUGCCUUGGUACAAGGUGAUGAUGAAUUUUCUGCCAGUGAGGAUGAAGGAGAAGGUGGUAGAAAGAAUGUUCAAACAUAUAAAACCCAAAAAAAUUGGGCCGAGAGAGAAGGCAGAUGA